AACUUACCUAUUCCUCCGAUCAUAUACCCACACCGUCUCCAUUGAUCCCCCACCCCACCCCUCUCUCACACCACCUGACCCCUCUCUCUCUCUACCUCUCUCAUGGGGAACAAGCCGGCGUGCAUGUCGCUGGCGCCGGCGGCGGGCUCGGCGUCGGCGUCGGCGUCGAGCGGGGGCGGGGGAUGCAAGGUGAUCCACGCGGACGGGCGGGUGACGCGGCUGGCGCGGCCGGUGCGGGCGUCGGAGCUGAUGCUGGACCACCCGGGCAAGUUCGUGUGCGACGCGUGCCGCCUCGCAGUCGGCUGCCGCGUGCCGGGCGUCGCCGCCGACGAGCUCCUCCAGCCGCGCCGCGCAUACUUCCUGCUCCCCAUGGACAUGCUCUACUCCGUGCUCACCGACGACGAGAUGGCCGCGCUCGCCGCCGCCUCCCACGGCGCCGCCACGGCCGCCACCGCCGCGUGGCGGAGGAUCGUGGUCACCACCACCAGACGGCGACGGGGCGGCGGCCGCGGCGCCUCUUCCAGGCAGAGCAAUGGCGACGCCGGCAGGGUCUUCCCGGUCGUCGGCCUGCUGCAGCUCCAGGAUGCCCCCGCCGGGCACCCCACGAUUGGCGUCAAGCCGAGCGGCGCCGGCGUCGGGCUGAGGCGGCUCCGGUCGUGGCGGCCGGUGCUGGACACCAUCGAGGAGGCGCCGUGACGCGACGCGGCGGCCGGCCCGAUCGGCCGGUUGGUGCGGCUACGCUAGUGUUAGGCAGCUAGCUUGAGCUGGCUCUCGAGUGUACAUGAUCGAAUUAGCUUCUUCCACUAGCUUCUUUUUUUCAUUUCAUUUCUCUUUUUCUGUAAAGUGCACUAAGUACGGAAAACUCAAAACGGUGCCCGGGCUCAUCUGCUCCCUCUCAGCAAAA